GCUGGAGGACAGCCAAUCCUCGCGCUCCGGGAGGAGUCAGCGCCCAGGGGGCGGGCCCGGGGCCAGGCCCCACUGGCCGCUGGGAGGCCUCGACUUCUUUCCGGGUGGUUGGGCGGAGGGCGGGGGCCGCACGUAGGAGCACGGGCUGCGGCGCAGAUGCCAUGUGGCCUGUGUUUUGGACCGUGGUGCGAACUUACGCUCCCUAUGUCACAUUUCCUGUGGCCUUCGUGGUCGGGGCUGUGGGUUACCACUUGGAAUGGUUCAUCAGAGGACAGGGCCCCCAGCCUGUGGAGGAGGAAAAGAGCAUCUCAGAGUGCCGGGAGGACCGCAAGCUGGAUGAACUGCUAGGCAAAGACCACACCCAGGUGGUGAGCCUUAAGGACAAGCUAGAAUUUGCUCCUAAAGCUGUCCUGAACAGAAACCGCCCAGAGAAGAAUUGACGGAGGACACAGGACCCUGUGGGUCCUUCCAUGGGCAAGGGCUGGCCUGCCACCAUGUCAGCCCACCCUGAACUCACAUCUGAUUUGCUUUGCUGCUUAUUCUGGCCCCUCCUGCACCAGCCAGUCGCACACAUCAGCCACUGAGGGGGCUGUGGCGAGGAAGGCCCUUGAGAGUUCUGGCAUCAGGAAUGCACCCACUGUGUGGUGGUCACAGCUGCUCAGGCUUCUGCUCUUAUGGGCACACUUCGAGGGGGAAGAUUGAAUGCUAGUUCUCUCUGGAGAGGCAAUUUGACCUCAACUUGGAGAGGCUGGGAUUGGGGUGUUGCUCUUAUGAGGGAUACCUCUAUGUCUUGAUGCAGUUUGCACUGGGAAGAAUUCAGAACUGCCUGGAUCCCUUCAUAGUUUCCCCUAAAUUUGUACUUAUUCUUCCUGACACUCUGCUCUGUCAGAUCAGCAAUGUAUUUCCCCAAGGAAGAAAAGCAAUUGUCUGUUGUUGGAAGUCCAUGCUGUGUACUUUGGGACAGGUGAACUUGCUUGAAAAUAAUCACAUCUCUCACCCCAUCACUGUGUAGUGCAAAACUUGAUUAAAGUGGUAUCUGAGAACCA